AUGAGCCGCAGCAGCUCAGCCCGCUGUGGAACCACACAGAGGACCCUCCUCGCUGCGACCUCGGCGAGGUUCGACGAGUCCGACGUGGCCUCUCAGCAGGCUAUAUCAAUCAGCUACGGUAAUCGGGCCAUUCGCGAGGCCAACGCAGCCCGUGCUAGAGCCGCAAAUGCUCGACGGGAAUCUGACGAGGCGAUUGAACCGCGAGAUUCACGACUUAGGAACCCCCCGCCGCGCGAGUUUUCAUCUCGCGCGGCAGACGAGCCUCCCCUGGUGGUCAUUCCUUAUAGACCUGCCGAACCCCCGCCCUCCUCGUUCAUCGCUUACGCCGACACACCACUCCACGACGUCGCUCCACGUAGUCUCCCACAGUCAUCAACGCGCGCGCUCCCGACGCGCGCGGCGGCGUCGUCAGCUCCGGCGCAGCGGACGGUGCAGCUUAUUCAUCCAUCUCUUCCCUAUUACGAAAACAGGCCGGGUCCCUCUCCGGAGGACGUGCUCGCUCGCCGUGGCUUGUCUGCUCCGGCGAAGCCGACGUGCAGUGCCCUAGGUCUCCCCGGUGGACGUUCAGUGGAUCUGCCGACCCCCGCCCUCCUCGUUCAUCGCUUACGCCGACACAUCACCCUCUUCACGCUCCACGACGUCGCUCCAUGUAGUCACCCACCGCCAUCAACGCGCUCCCGACGCGCGCGGCGGCGUCGUCAGCUCCGGCGCAGCGGACGGUGCAGCGUGUUUAUUCGUGAGGCCAAUGCAGCCCGUGCUAGAGCCGCAAAUGCUCGAUGGGAAUCUGACGAGGCGAUUGGUGAGACCCCCCCGCUGCGCGAGUUUUCAUCUCGCGCGGCAGACGAGCCUCCCCCGGUGGUCAUUCCUUAUAGACCUGCCGACCCCCCGCCCUCCUCGUUCAUCGCUUACGCCGACACACCACUCCACGACGUCGCUCCAUGUAGUCUCCCACAGUCAUCAACGCGCGCGGCGGCGUCGUCAGCUCCGGCGCAGCGGGCGGUGCAGCUUAUUCAUCCAUCUCUUCCCUAUUACGAAGCCAGGCCGGGUCCCUCUCCGGGGGACAUGCUCGCUCGCCGUGGCUUGUCUGCUCCGGCGAAGCCGACGUGCAGUGCCCUAGGUCUCCCCGGUGGACGUUCAGUGGAUCUGCCGACGUCCCCGCCCUCGUCGGUGUUCGUCCCCUACGUCGAUACGCGACCGUCUUCACACUCCAUGACGUCACGCCAUGUAGUCACCCACCGCCAUCAACGCGCUCCCGACGCGCGCGGCGGCGUCGUCAGCUCCGGCGCAGCGGACGGUGCAGCGUGUUUAUUCGUGAGGCCAAUGCAGCCCGUGCUAGAGCCGCAAAUGCUCGACGGGAAUCUGACGAGGCGAUUGGUGAGACGCUCGCUGGCGCUCACUGGCCGUGCCUUGUCUUCACUCGCGUAUCUCAACGCACUCCCGACGCCCGCGGCGGUAUCGUCACCUCUGGCGAGGCGGACUUGGCCCUUACCCCCCUCCGGUGGACAUCCCUUAGACCUGCAGACCCCUGCCGCCAAAAAAGUGCUCACCGUCCAUGCACUCCUCAUCGCCUCCACUUACCACUUCGAGUCUUUCAGAUGCGCGCCGGAAGGAGCCAGCGCGACAUAUACAUCCGCCGUAGUGCUCCACGCCGUCGUCAGAACGCGCGCCACAGCGAUGCUGGUGCGGAUUCAAUGUCCAUCUCGAAAACGCCUACACGUGUCGCCCGCUCUUCCCUAUUAUGAAGACAGGCCGAGUCUCUCUCCGGAAGACAUUCGUGCUCACUGGCCGUGGCUUGUCUGCUCCGGCGAAGCCGACGUAUGCAGUACCCUAGGUCUCCCCGGUGGUCAUUCCUUAGACCUGCCGACCCCCGCCCUCAUCGGUUCACCCACCGUCAUCAACGCGCGCGGCGGCGUCGUCAACUCCGGCGAAGCGGACGGUGCAGCGCGUUUAUCAUUCUCUUCCCUAGACAGGUUUCCUUCCGGUGGACAUUCGUCAGACCUGCCGACCGCCGCCCUCAUCGGUGUCCGCUCCCAUCCAUCGCUUCCAUCGACACGCGCUGGCGCAUCGUGA